AUGGUGGACGGGAAUAAUUUGGCUGAAAGCGAAAACGAAGCUAUGAUAGAUGCUGUCCUUCAGCAGAAGAGGGUGGCCUGUAAUGGCCUGCCGUUGGCCGAUCUGCAGGGCAAGCCAGUGGCCGGCUUGGCUGCCCCCUUAGCCCCCGGCAAGCAAGUGUUAAUUAAUCCUUUGGUGGACAAGAAUUCGGGGACGGUGGUCUGUGUUAUCCUGGUUUACUGCGGGCAACUUUCCGACACAGAUGAGCAAAACCUUCGGGCUUUGGAGAAGCACAUCCUGGUGUCCUACAGGCGUCUCCAAACCCUUCAGAAGUUGCAGUCUUGCCAGGCCAAACCUGCGGAGCCCCCCAGGAGCAGCUACAGCGAGCUGGACAGCAAGAUCCUGCAGUUGUGCGGGGAACUCUACGAUCUGGACGCAGCCUCUCUCCAGCUCAAAGUCAUCAAUUACUUGAAGCAGGAGACACAGUCUCAGUGUUGCUGUCUUCUUUUGGUCUCGGAGGACAACAAUCAACUCUUCUGUCAGGUGGUUGGAGAGAAAGUUUUGGAGGAGGACAUGAGCUUCCCAUUAACCGUUGGACACUUGGGAAAAGUUGUGGAAGUGAAGCAAUCCCUUAUCCUGCAAGACAUCAGCGCGGAAGAGCACAAGCAACUGAACACCAUGUUGGGAUUUGAGGUGACCUCCAUGCUGUGCGUCCCUGUGGUCAGCAGGGCCACCUCCCAGGUGGUGGCCUUGGCCUGCGCGUUCAACAAACUUGGUGGAGAAAGCUACACCGAAGCCGACGUCUACAAAAUCCAGCAUUGCUUCUGCUACACUUCGACGGUGCUGACCAGCACCUUGGCCUUCCAGAAGGAGCAGAAGCUCAAGUGGGAGUGUCAGGCUCUUUUGCAAGUGGCCAAGAACCUGUUCACUCACCUGGAUGACGUCUCGGUGCUGCUACAGGAGAUCAUCACGGAAGCCAGGAAUCUCAGCAAUGCUGAAAUAUGUUCGGUUUUCCUGCUGGACCGGAGCAGCCAUGAGUUGGUGGCCAAGGUCUUUGACGGAGGCGUGGUGGAUGACGAGAGCUAUGAAAUCCGGAUUCCGGCCGAUCAGGGCAUCGCAGGCCACGUGGCCACCACCGGCAAGAUCCUGAAUAUCAAAGACGCCUACUCUCACCCGCUGUUCUACCGCGGUGUGGAUGACAGCACUGGGUUUCGAACCAGGAACAUCCUCUGUUUCCCUAUCAAGGAUGAGAAUCAGGAGGUGAUUGGCGUGGCCGAACUGGUCAACAAAAUCAACGGCCCGUGGUUUAGCAAAUUUGACGAGGAUCUGGCCACCGCCUUCUCCAUCUACUGCGGCAUCAGCAUCGCUCAUUCUUUGCUCUACAAGAAAGUCCACGAGGCUCAAUACCGAAGCCACCUGGCCAAUGAGAUGAUGAUGUAUCACAUGAAGGUAAUCCGAAGGCUAAAACGAAGAAUAAUUUGGGGGCCCUACUUGAGUUGCGGCUGCAGAAGAAUAAAUAAAAAACAAGAUCCAGACAGCUGGGAGGAAAGGAUCAAUAUUUAUUCCCUAAAAGCAAGGCGUUCGCCUUUAGGGGCAACUGCUGAGACAUGA